UCCCUUUAUAGUUUAUUUUGGACUAGACUGUCCCUUUAACAGCCUCAACAUCCCUUCUAGUAAAAUUACUGACAUUUCUCAAUACAUUGCUCUUAGUUGUUUUGUUUUUAACUUUAUUAACAUCAUUGUGUACCAAAGAUAUAAAUGUGUCAACACUUCUAUCAUAGACACUGGGAAUAAAGCUGCUUUUAUUUUUUCAAGCCCAAAGCUAUAUUUCAGACUUUUUUUGGUGUGGAGUCCUGGAUGGCGUUGUCACCCGUUUGAUACACAGCUCACGUUAUGGAGCGGAAGGGAAGUAUAGUGUCAAGGGCCAACAGCAUUGGAUCAACAAGUGCAUCUUCAGUACCAAACACAGCUGACUUCAUGCUCGACAAUGCUUGUUCCCCAACCUCAGAUGAUGAAGAUAGUGACUAUCAUCAGGAGAGCAUUAAAGAUACCUACAAAGACAGACGCCGGCAGGCACACACACAGGCUGAGCAGAAGCGCAGGGACGCCAUAAAGAAAGGCUAUGAUGAUUUACAAAGCAUUGUCCCCACCUGCCAGCAGCAAGACUGCUCUAUCGGAAGCCAGAAGCUCAGCAAAGCUGUUGUUCUGCAAAAGACUAUAGACUAUAUUCAGUUCCUGCACAAAGAAAAGAAGAAGCAAGAGGAAGAAGUGUCCACUUUACGCAAGGAAGUGAUGGCGCUGAAAAUCAUGAAAUCAAACUACGAGCAGAUUGUGAAAGCGCAUCAGAAUAAUCCACACGAAGGCACAGAUCAGGUAUCUGACCAGGUGAAAUUUGGCGUUUUCCAAGGGAUAAUGGACUCUCUCUUCCAGACCUUCAAUGCCUCCAUCUCUGUGAACAGUUUCCAAGAGCUAUCUGCCUGUGUCUUUAGCUGGAUAGAAGAACACUGCAAGCCUCAGACGCUGCAUGAUAUUGUAAUCAGAGUUCUCCACCAGUUAAAGAAUCCACUCUACUGAGAGAACGCUUUUAAACCCUACCGGAGUUAAUGGCAGGAGUUGUGGAUCCGCAUCUCAUCAUUGCACAGAUUAAAACCAUGGCUAGUUGGAGUUUGAUAACUGUGCUCCACAACUGUACAGUAACAGCUACUUUGAAGACUGUUUUUAGACAAGAGGGUUCUGCUUGAUCCCUAAACUGAAAUGAAGGCAAUGAAUUUUAAUUCACUAUAGCAAGUGGCCUCUAUGCAUUGCAAUCUCCUCUGGCAGAAGAUGGCUUAGGGUGACAUUUUCAUGCGGUGCACCCAGUGGUUAUAAAAAGACCAUAUUUUGCUGGCAAGUUUAGUCUGUAUCUACAGUAUUUAUCUAGUUGACACUCAAUUUGAUGGUCUGUGAAAAAUGUUUCACUUUAAACUUGGGCUUGUAGCAAAGAUGUCAUGUGUGAAAGGUACGGUGAUGGUUUAAUAAUUGAUACUUGUUAUAGUUUUUAAGAAUUUUUUGCAGAAUCGUACAGGAGUUUGCUGUUACUGAUCAACUAUUUUGCUGUAAAACGUUUGUGGUUAUAUCAAACUUCCACGUUGUCAUUGAUGCUGGUUAAACUAUUUUCUGGACAAGUAUUUAAUUUACAAAACAAGAAGCUUACAACUAAAGUGACAUUGUAGUGGGGAAAUGGCAUGUUCUAUUUCAUUACAGCACGUGCUGUUUGCACUAUUCACAGUGUAACUACAUUUAACCUCCACAAUGAGGUUAACACACAGGUACAGCCUGGUUUGGGAGCUGCAAACUUUGCUCCUUAGUUAAACACAUAAGGUUUCAUGGUGAGUACAGCACAAAUGACAUGCUUUUUAAUUUACCCACUACACUGUCCCAUUCAUUUAUUUUUUUUAAAUUAAAUUGAUAUCUGCAAUUUAAACACUGAGCUUUAACAUUGACUACCUUGCUCUUUAAGUGUCCAGCAACAAUGUAGAAUGUUAUUUCAAUUGCAUGGGGGAAAAUAUUGCUAUAGUUUACUAGUCGGGGUUUAAAAGUUGAUAGGCUACUCAAUGUUAAAGAUCAGAAAAAGGUCUGUGUGUAUAUAUAAUUUGAAUUGGCAAAAACAAUUGUUGCAAUUUAAAAUAUGGGGGUGUAGGAGUGGUACUGAAAAGCUGCCGGUGUUCAGUCAUUUUGUAGAAUUGAUAAUUUUUUGUGUGUAUAGAUGUAUCUGGGAAAAUGUUUGCUCACUGUUAUAAAAUUAUACAGAUUUGCAGAGUUGUCUUAAGACCUGAAAGGUGUUUAAAUGACCUUUAGAUUUGGAUGCAAACUUAGAGGUGGGGUACGUACUAAAUCAGGACCCACGUCAGAUUUUAGAACAUCUAAACUAAAUCACAUGUGUAUAUAUAUAUAAAAAAAUCAACCACUCAGUAACCAUGGUUACUAGCCUAGUCUUGCCCAAUAGGGCCAUGUUUGUGUCCUGACGAUUGGAAUUAAAAGACCCCCAAUAAUUAUGGUUUAAAUAAUCCUAUUUGUAUCCAUCAUCAUUCAGAAGAAGCUUUAACAAGUGCUGAUCAUGGAUAAAUUCCUUGUAAAUAACCAACUCUGAAUACUAGGAAGACUCGCCAUCUUCUGUUCAGUGUUAGUGGCCUUUUGGCAUUCCACAUUUCCAGAAGAGUUUAUAUUUCCUGUUUGCUGUAAACUAUUCCUUUGUCAUGGGAAACUAACUUAAGAGUUGUUGGCAUUUCAUCUGUAAUAAAGUGGAUUUUUCUUUCUAAACAAAUGCCAGUUUAUUAAAUAUUUUUUUUUCUGUGGAAAAAAAAUCCUGUGUUCAUCUUUAACCUGUUUUUAAAAAUAGUCAUGAUGUAAAAUGGUUUCCAGAAUGUAUUCUCUAACUAUCACUGAUUAUUUUUUUCAUGUAUCAUGAAUUGCAUUUUAGAUUUUUUUAAAUACAUUUUCUACUACUGCAAGAAUUGUGUACAGCUGCUUAAUAAAAACAGAUACAUUGCAA